AUAUUUCGCGCAAUGGCUUUCCGUUUGUUGACCAAGGGUGCUGCAGUCUCUGCCGUCCGUCCUACUUUGAUGGCCACUCGCCAGACCAUUGGUGCCACUGCUAUGCGUAGCUACACCACCGAGAACAAGGUCGAAGAGCCCAAGAAGGCCUCUAUUUUGGAUGCUCUUCCCGGUAACUCCCUCGUUUCCAAGGCUGGUUUCCUUACAGCCGGUGGUGGUAUUUCCACUUUCUUGAUCUCCAAGGAAAUCUAUAUCCUUAACGAGGAGACUCUUGUCCUUGUUGCCUCUCUUGGUCUUCUCGGCGUACUCCUCAAGUACGUGCGUGAGCCCUUCACAACCAUGGCCAACGACCACAUUGCUCGCAUCAAGAACAUCUUGGUUCAGGCCCGUGAGGACCACAAGUCCGCUGUCCAGGAGCGUAUUGAGGAAGUUGGUCAAAUGAAGGAUUUGGUCGAUGUUACCAAGUCUCUCUUUGCUAUCUCCCGCGAGACCGCCGAGUUGGAGGCCGAGGCCUUUGUCCUCAAGCAGCAGGUCGCUGUUGCCCACGAGCUCAAGACCACUCUUGACUCCUGGGUCCGCCACGAGGCUAGCGUCCGCGAGCGCGAACAGAAGCAGUUGGCUGCCUACUUGAUCGAGAAGAUCCACAAAGACUUGCAGGACCCCAAGAUCCAGCAGCAGAUCCUCGACCAGGCUGUUUUGGACAUCCAGGCCGUUGCCUCCAAGUCUGCUUAAAUGUCUUAUUUUCCCCACUCUCCCUUGUUUCACUGUUCUCUAAUCAAUAAACAGAAAUAAAGCAUAUUGAAUACAUACAAUGCAAAUGCUCUUUAUUAUU